CAUUGCAUAAUCACAAAUAUGGCGCUGCGCUCUUACUGUCGGCUGCUGGCUGCACAGGUAGCUUGUUUGAAGCAUUGUGUAAAUGACUGUACAAGAAAUGUAUCCGGUUCCAGUUUAUCUUUUGCGAGAAUUAAAUCGCUGCGUGGGUCGGCUGGAGUGUUUGUGCUGUCGAGCCGCUGGCACAGAAGGUCAUGGCAUCCGGGUGUCAGUUCUUCUCAAUGCACCAGAGAGAAGCUUCACUCAGACACGGCAGGGUUCAGCAGGUGGACUCUUGCGUGGGGUGUCAUGGCCUUUUCACUUUUUGGAAGCUCUGAUGAGAGGACUGAGGAACAAAAACUCGAGGAUGAACUUAUUCUGCUCUUGAAGAAAGCCAAGUACAGCAUGAUGACUGGGGAACUGGACGCAGCCAAUGUUUUCUUACACAAAGCUGUCAGACUGGCACAUCAGAUGCACAGUAAUGAUGCCAUUAUAUAUACGUACAGCCUGAUGGCAAAUCUUGCCUUUGUCCAAGGUCAGCUGGAAAAUGCUGAGAAGCUGUUUAAAGCAGCCAUGAGUUUCAUGCUGUCAGGGGGAACACCACAGGAUGACAAUGCAGUGAUUGAGAUGUCGCUGAAGCUGGCCAGCAUAUAUGCCACUCAAAGCAAGAACGAGUUGGCGGAGCAUGGCUUCCAGUUCUGCACAGAGUCUUUAGAAGCCAAGAUUGAGAAACAGAAGGACCUUCUUCCAGAAAGCCUGACAGAUGAGGAGCGCAAAGAUACCAGGCUGCUGCUCGGCCUUAGUCUGGAUGCGAGGGCACGUUAUUUGGCGGCUAAUCGUCGUUUCACAGGGUCUUGCAGGGAUUACCGGCAUGCGCUGCAGAUCUGCCAGGAGGAGCAGGGAGAGUCCCACCCACAGACCCUGGUUCUGAUGAGUGAUCUGGCGACCGUUUUGGACCUGCAGGGGAAGCACGAUGAGGCGCUGGCUCAUGCAAAGAAGGCCGUUGAGCUUGCACAGGCAGCGGGUCACCCUGAUCAACAUGUGCUGCUUGGGAAUAUGGCAGGAAUUCUCAUGCACAAAGGGGAAUUUGAGGAGUCUGGUAAACUGUAUCAGGAAGCCCUGGCUCUGGCACGUGCAGCAGGAGAUGAAGAGGCUGUUGAGCAGCUUCAGGAGGGACUGAAAGAGCUGACCAACAGAAGAGACGGGCAAACGGAGAGCAAAGCUGAUGAACAGGAGAUCAAGCAAUGAUCCACA